GCUAUGUAUCGGGAAGAAAGGGAAGACUCCAUACGGGGCGGGGUUUGUUGCGCUGAGGUGGAGCUGAGGGCCGGCUGGUAGGACUCGGGUGAGCCGCCAGCUAUCGGGUCGGCGUAUCUCUGCAAUGGGCAAGAGAAAGGAAGGCAGCCCCAUUGCUCCCUCUUCACAAAGGAAAAAACAAAGGCAAGAGGUGGACGACCCAUACGAUAAGGAGGAUUAUGUUCAGGCCGGACCCAGUGUCUCUUAUGACUAUGGACAGAACAAAAAGCAAAGGAAAGAAACCGAUAACUCACACGCAGACAGUGACCAUGAGAAUUCAGUGUCCUGUAAAUCCCAGUCAGGAACAGACGAAGUUGGGAUCAUUGAUUCCAUCUUUCUGAAAAACUUCAUGUGCCAUUCAGUGCUGGGACCUUUUCGCUUUGGACCAAAUGUUAACUUUGUUAUAGGAAACAACGGGAGUGGCAAAAGUGCAGUAUUGACGGCUCUCAUUGUGGGCUUGGGUGGAAAAGCCAUUGUUACCAACAGAGGAUCAUCAAUAAAGGGAUUCAUCAAGAAUGGAGAAAGGUUUGCAGAGAUCUCUAUUACACUACGAAACAGAGGGCAAGGUGCCUACAGACCUGAUGUGUUUGGAAACUCUAUAACAGUACAGCAGCGACUAACUACUGAGGGUAGCCGCACAUACAAGCUGAAAAGUGCAACAGGUGCUAUAGUUUCAAACAAGAAAGAGGAGCUUACAGCGAUCCUUGAUUAUUUCAAUAUACAGGUAGAUAACCCGGUGUCUGUUCUAACUCAAGAGAUGAGUAAACAUUUCCUACAGUCUAAGAAUGAAUCUGAUAAGUAUAAGUUCUUUAUGAAAGCAACACAGCUAGAGCAGAUGAUGGAAGAUUACACUUACAUCAUGGAAACAAAGUCCACGACUCAUGAUCAAGUUGAACAUGGUAGUGAGAGACUCUGUGACCUGAAGGAGGAGUGCAAACAAAAAGAGGAGAAGUUUAAAAACAUUGCCUCGCUGGGAGAGAAGAAACAAAAACUGGAAGAUCUAAAGAAUGAGAUGGCUUGGGCCCAGGUAAUUGAGGCAGAAAAACAGAUUAACCCAAUAAAAGAGCAAAUUGUGGCCGAGGAAGGAAGCACAGUGAAGUAUGAACAGAAGAUAAAUGAAUGCCAGGACAAAGUAAAUAAUGCUGAAGAGAAGUUCCGUGCUAAACAAGAGGAGCUUGAUAAGAUCACCCAGGAUGCUGUAGCGCUCAAGCCCCAGCUCAUAGCUCUAAAAGGGGAUGUUCAAAAAAAAACAAAAUCCUAUAAUAAUGCUGAGGGUGUCUCUCAUGUGGCUCCCCCUCAAUGUAACCUCACUCAGGUUUUGUUUAACCGGCAUAUAUUGGAAUUUAAACGCUUAGAAAAAGACACAGAACAACUCUGCAAUCGCAUCGAAGAACUGAAAAAAAGUGAUGAUAAUGCUUCUGAGGGUGAAAUGAUGGCCCGGCAAAGAGAUAUAGCCCAAAUGAGGGAGAGGAAGAAAGCACUUGAUGAUAAAGAAAUUACCACCAAUCAGCAAAUCGAUCAGCUUCAACAGGCGAUAGAGAAGCAUAAAGAAGAGCUCACCACAAUUGCAAAUGAAGAGCGGAAUGUUAAACAAUGGAUGGAACAGCACAAGCGAAAGCUGAGGGAGCUACAUGAGAGUAAGACAGACCAGUUAAAGAGAUUUGGGCAGAAUAUGCCGGCCCUUGUAGCUGCAGUUGACGAGGCUUAUCAACAAGGCCGCUUUAGAAAAAAGCCUUUUGGACCAUUGGGUGCCUGCAUCCAUCUGAAAGACCAAGAGCUGGCACUUGCAGUUGAGUCUUGUCUUAAAGGACUCCUGUUUGCUUUCUGUUGUGAUAAUCACCAGGAUGAAAGAAUGCUGCAAAAUAUAAUGUCAAGAGAAUACCCACAAGGCAGAAGACCGCAAAUUAUUGUCAGCGAGUUUCAAAAUGAAGUCUAUGAUGUUAGACAAAGAGCCACAUUUCAUCCAAACCAUCCAACUGUGUUGACUGGAUUGGAAAUCGACCAUCCCGUUGUUGCAAAUUGCCUGAUUGAUAUGAGAGGCAUCGAGAAGAUAUUAAUAAUUAAGAGUAAGACUGAAGCAAGAGAAAUAAUGCAGAUCAGGGCUCCUCCCAGAAACUGCCGUGAGGCCUUUACAGGUGAAGGUGACCAGGUGUAUACAAGCCGUUACUAUUCAUCUGACACUCGCAGGGCUACUCUCUUGAGUCGUGAUGUUGAAGGAGAGAUAAGUCAUUUAGAGAACGAGCUUAGACUAUUUGGAGCCCAGACGGCUACGACGCAGCAACGUUUGUUUUCUGUCAAUAAAGAAAUUCAGGAAAAUUACGGCAUUCUGCGGCAGCUUCAUAACUCAAAGAAACAAAUACAGAGAGAGCGUCGCACAUUGUUGGACCAUAUAUCAGAACUGGAGAAUGUGGAAGAGCAGCCUUCCAUAGAUAUUGCUACUCUGGAAGGCGAAGCAGCAAAAAACAGGAGCAUCAUAGAACUUGUUAAAAAAGAGGUGGAACUGGCAAAGGAGAAUAUGGGGUGCUUGAAAUUGCUUCUAACAAUGGCAGUGAGCAAUUAUGAGGAUAUAAAGGAGAAAAUCAGUUCAGUGACCUACAUGGCUGAACCAUUGAAGGCAGACCUUCAGAGAAUUGAUCAAGAAGUGGAGAACUGCAAACAACAUAGAAAGCACUAUGAGGAAAAACUGAAGAAGCACUUAGACCGGAUCCAAAAACGAAAGGAAGAAGUAUCAGCCAAAGAACAAGAGUUGGAGGUACAAAUCUCCCAGGCCAAAUGUAUCUGCCCAGAGCGAAUAGAAGUCAGUAGAACUGCCAGAAGCCUAGACACCGAAAUUAACCAGUUAAGAGAGAAAAUAAACUCUGAAGAAGUUCUCCACGGAAACAGAGAAGAAAUAAUAAAGCAAUACCAUGAAGCAAAAGAAAGGUAUCAAGAUGCAGAUAGAAUUGUCAAGCACCUGAAGAGAUUUAUCAGAUCGUUAGAUGAAAUUAUGACCCAAAGGUGCCAGAGUUACAAGCAGUUUCGGAGGAGCCUUACUCUCCGGUGCAAGUGUUACUUUAACUGGUUGCUAUCACAGAGGGCCUACUCUGGCAAGAUACAAUUCGACCAUAAGGAUGAGACUCUGUCAAUAACAGUCCAACCAGGAGAAGGGAACAAGGCAGAACUGAGUGAUAUGAAGUGUCUUUCUGGGGGAGAGCGAUCAUUCUCCACCGUGUGUUUUAUCCUCUCUCUCUGGUCAAUUGCAGAGUCUCCCUUCAGGUGCUUGGAUGAGUUUGACGUCUACAUGGAUAUGGUGAACAGAAGAAUAUCAAUGGAUAUGAUGCUGAAAUUUGCAGAUUCACAGAGGUUUCGGCAGUUUAUAUUUCUAACCCCACAGAAUAUGAGCUCCUUACCUUCUAGCAGCCUCGUCAGAAUUCUUCGAAUGAAAGAUCCUGAACGGGGGCAAACAACACUCUCUUUCCGGCCAUUAAACCAAGAGGCAGAAGAUGAGGAAUAUAUCGACCCUCCUGACCUUGCUCUGUAGUUCCAUUUUGGCCUGUGAUUUUAUAUCAGUUGUUUGUAAUUUUAUAUUCACUUCUUUAUACAUAAAUAAUGUCCUGUAAUUCUUCCCACCAGGUACAAAAGUUCCCUUUGUUUAACUCAUAUAAACUAUUCCAUCCUGUC